GCUCAGUACUGUUCGUGUGCCACAUCGCGGUCGCACCUCAGACUGGAUACGCACUUAAUAGUGAGUCCACAUUUUGGAGCACCUCUAGGCUGGUAGUUAGCUACAUGUCUAUAGCGUAGAUCUUAUACGCUAGCAGCCUUCGUAGGGAGGUGGGCUAAUGGUGCAUCUGCUUCAUGGUAAAGAGCGGGCUCUUCAUUUGUUCUUGAGUACCGAUACCGAAGAGCCUCUGUUAUGCCGCGCUGGAAGGUGUUUCCACUUCACGAUACGCCUCCCCAUGUUAGAUACUAUAGGUGGCCGGGUCUCUCAACUUACAUCGCCUCUUCAACCUCUGCCAAUGUGCUCCAUCAACGUUGAUUGCGCGAUCUUGCCAUGCAGGUGCUUCUUAUCGAUCAACAUGCGGGUCCGUGCUUGCACAGAUCGAUGACGGCUAA